CUGUUAACCUGCUGUUAACACGGAUUCUAACAGGAGGUGUUGGUUUGUGACACAACAUGGGAAACGCCGACACCAAACUGCACUUCAGGAAAGCGGUGAUACAGCUCACAACCAAAACACAGCCUGUAGAAGCCACAGACGAUGCCUUCUGGGAUCAGUUCUGGGCCGACACCUCCACCACGGUCCAGGAUGUGUUCGCUCUGGUUCCGGCCGCAGAGAUCAGAGCUGUGAGAGAGGAGUCUCCAUCCAACCUGGCAACCCUCUGCUACAAGGCAGUGGAGAGGUUGGUGCAGGGUGCUGACUCCGGCUGCCCCUCAGAGAAAGAGCGUCAGAUCGUCCUGAACUGCACCCGCCUGCUCACACGCAUCCUGCCCUACAUCUUUGAAGACGCUGACUGGAGAGGCUUCUUCUGGUCCACCGUGCCCGGGGCCGGUCGAGCGGGGUCUGCCUCCUGUCUGAUCAGAGGAUAUGAGGAGGGGGAAGCUCCAGAACUGAAAGGUCUUCAGGCUGUUAACUGCAUCAUUAAUGAUUUCACAUUGAAGCUUAAAUUCCUGUUCUUCGUGCUGAAGAGCAGCGACGUGUUGGACGUGCUGGUUCCCAUCCUCUUCAGCCUAAAUGAUGCCAGAGCAGAUCCGUCUCGUGUGGGCCUCAUGCACAUCGGCGUGUUCAUCCUGCUGCUGCUGAGCGGGGAGAGGAACUUCGGUGUGCGUCUGAACAAGCCGUUCACUCUGCACGUCCCCAUGGACAUCCCUAUCUUCACAGGGACCCACGCAGACCUGCUCAUUGUUAUCUUCCACAAGAUCACCACCAGUGGACACCAGCGUCUGCAGCCUCUGUUUGACUGCCUUCUUACAAUCAUAGUGAACAUUUCACCUUAUCUGAAGAGCCUGUCCAUGGUGGCGGCCAACAAGCUGCUCCACCUCCUGGAGGCUUUCACCACCCCCUGGUUCCUCUUCUCCUCGCGAGAGAACCACCACCUCGUCUUCUUCCUGCUUGAGGUCUUCAACAACAUCAUCCAGUAUCAGUUUGAUGGUAACUCCAACCUUGUGUAUGCCAUCAUCCGGAAGCGUAAUGUUUUCCACCAGCUGGCCAACCUGCCGUCCGACACGGCAUCUAUUCAGAGGGUUCUGCAGAAGAAGAAGAAGUCUGGGAUCUCCAGGACAAACUCCAUAGAGGCAGAGUCCAUAGAGAGGAGCAGACCUGCUGAUUCUGUUGAGCCGGGAACACUCAAAGCCAGCUUAGUGGCUACUCCAGGAAUUGAUAAGAUAACGGCGAAGUCCCAGGUGAGUGUGGACGGCACCAUGAUCACCGUGCCUACCUCUGACUCUCCUGCUGACACCAGUGCUGUGGGCGGAGCCAGCGACACAGAGUCCAACUCAGAGAGAGACCACGAGGCAUACCAUUCAGAGUCGGAAGCAGCGAGGAGUCAGUUAUCAAGUGCAUCAUCAUCAUCAGCAGCAGCCUGGAGCGCUAACACAGACUGGGUGUUGUCAUGGAAAGCCAAACUUCCUCUACAGACCAUCAUGAGGCUGUUACAGGUACUGGUGCCUCAGGUGGAGAAGAUUUGCAUUGACAAGGGUUUGACAGACGAGUCAGAAAUCCUGAAGUUCCUUCAGCACGGCACGCUGGUCGGCCUCCUGCCCGUCCCUCAUCCCAUCCUCAUCAGGAAGUAUCAGGCCAACGCUGGCACGGCCAUGUGGUUCCGCACCUACAUGUGGGGGGUCAUCUACUUACGCAAUGUGGAUCCUCCCAUCUGGUACGACACGGACAUCCGGCUCUUUGAGAUCCAGAGGAUUUAGAGCAGCUGUUGAAGGUGUUCACUUUGUUCUCUUCACACACUCACCAACAACAGGAUCUGCUGGUUUCCUGACACCUGAACUUUGCUCAGAGGAACCAUUCACACUCUCUGGUGCUAUUUGAAACAAGCAGAGAUCAUCUUGUACUUAAUUCCUGCCAAUUUUCAGGUUUCAGAUAAAAAGACAGAAUGUUUUAAUGUGUCAAAACAUACUGUGCAUCAUAUACAAUCACUGUCAUUAACAUUGCCAAAUCGUCAUUAAAUCUCACAAAAUCAGGAAA